UGAGCAUAAUUUUACAGGCUUAGCAUCAGCCACAGUGGAUGGUAAAGAUGUCUAUGCAGUGAAUGUAUAGCCAUAAAUAUGAAACAAAGUGUUCAGUACAGCUUGUGAUGCAUUUAUUCAUUUUGUUACAGAUUGCAUUGGAAAUUGAAACUCCCACUCAAAUUUCUUUAGUAGAUGAAACAUCUGGUGAGAAAGAAGAUAUAGAGGUGACGCUUCUACCAGCUGGUCACUGCCCAGGAUCAGUCAUGUUUUUGUUUCAAGGUGAUAAUGGCACAAUACUGUAUACAGGGGAUUUCAGGCUUGCAAAAGGAGAAGCAGCCAGAAUGGAGCUUCUGCAUUCAGGGACCAGGGUAAGAGACAUCCAGAGUGUAUAUUUGGACACUACUUUUUGUGAUCCCAGAUUUUAUCAUAUACCAAGCAGGGAGGAGUGUUUAAAUGGCAUCUUGGAGUUGGUGCGAAGCUGGACUGCACUGAGUCGCUAUCAUGUGGUGUGGCUGAACUGCAAAGCUGCCUAUGGAUAUGAGUAUUUAUUCACAAACCUCAGUGAGGAACUUGGAAUCAAGGUGCAUGUGAACAAACUUGACAUGUUCAAAAAUAUGCCAGAAAUCCUCUAUCAUAUUACUACAGAUCGAAACACUCAAAUUCAUGCCUGCAGACACCCUCGGGAUGAUGACUGUUUUCGAGGGAACCGACUGCCAUGCGGAGUGACUUCCCAAAAUGGAACUCGCUUACACAUAAUUAGCAUCAAACCCUCCACAAUGUGGUUUGGAGAAAGGAACAAAAAAUCCAAUGUCAUAGUAAGGACAGGGGAGAGUUCAUACAGAGCUUGUUUCUCUUUUCACUCUUCGUACAGUGAGAUUAAGGAUUUCUUGAGCUAUAUCUGUCCUGUGAAUGUGUAUCCCAAUGUUCUGCCAGUGGGUCUGACAGAAGACCAAGUUAUUGAAACAUUAAAGCCAUUAUGCAGAUCAUACAGAAAAAAUGUGGAACCCAAAUACAAGCCCUUAGGAACACUGAAGAGAGUCCACAAACCAGACUUGUCUGACACAGAUGAAGAUGAUCUCUUUGAUACUGAACUAACUUCUGUGAGGCCUAAGAUUCCAAAACUGCAGGCAAAGACCACGUCAUUUAAGAUGAUUCCAUGUGAAAACACAGAAGGAGCCAAUGAGAACACACCAAGUUACACAGCAACCACAGCAUAUACCUCUCACAAGGUAGACUUCAUGGACUGUGAGGAAUCUAAUGAUGAUGAUGAUGAUGAUAAUGAAGAAGAAUCUGAAAAAAACACAGAUGAAGUUCUUUCCCCUGAGGCAGAUGGCACAUCUGCAUCAAAUUCCAGUGGACAAAAGCACCCUGAGUUAACUUCUGGAGUAACUGGUGACCAACAGGAGUGUCAUGCAAACUUGCCUCGCUGGGAUGCAUUUUUUAAGUGCCACAGAAUGGAUGAAAGCUCUGAAAAUGAGGACAACUUCCCCUCUUCAGCAGAAGCUGGUGGUGGGUCCCAGUCACUCUUCAGUGAUUCAGAUGGAGUCAGUGACUCGACACACAUCUCCUCCCAAAAUUCUUCUCAGUCAACACAUAUAUCGGAGCAGGGGAGCCAAGGCUGGGAUAGCCAAAUGGACACAGUGCUCAUUACCUCCCAGGAGAGAAAUGCCUCUGACUUCGGCUGCUUCAACAAAGGUGGGAGCAGAGCAGGGGCUUCUACAUUGCAUGAAACCACCAAAGAUAAUCAGGCCCAGAACAAUCGGUGCAGGCCAGCAGGGCACAACAGAUCUUCUGCAUAUGAUGUUGUCCAUGAUUUGAAAAGCAAAGAGGAGGAUGCAGAACGUGGCAGUGCUCACAGUCAAGAGGCGCUACUGGAAGUAAGUGACAGUUCCAGGACUCCUGAUCUAGAGCUGAAGAAAGACUCUCAGAGCUCGUCUGACUUUGAAAUUCCCCUCACUCCUGAUGCUGAACUACCUCAGCCAGAUACACUGCACUGUUUAUAUAGGAGGCUAGCAGCAGGUGAAAACAUAGUGAACAACAAAAUCUUUUCUGAAACCAAGUUUAAGUGA